AUGAGGAGGAUCAGCAGAGUUGUGGCGUCGUCCGCUCGCGGUACGGCCCUGAACAAGUCUAGCCGCACUGCCGCCGUCUUCUCCCGCGGCUAUGCUGCCCCCGAGACGCCCCAGACCGAUUUCAAAGUGACCGAUGCGGGCAUUCGCGUCUAUGCUCAUGGCGUUGUGCACGACAUGAACUUCCUGGGCGAUCUUCCCGCCGAUGCGCAGGAGGUCCUCUCCGGCAAGGAGUGGGUGCCCCAGUCUGUUUCCGACUUCACCGCCAGGUGGGAGAAGGACGCCCCCGAGCUCGCUAAUCAGGCCCGCCAGCUUGAGUCUCUCAUUACCAAGUUCGAGAAGGACCCCGUCCAGUUCGGCAAGUCUGAGGCUUAUCUGCGGGACAUUGCCAUUCACACUACGCUCGAGCGUGCUGCCGCUCGCGACGUGAGCCCUGUUGAAAUCGCCCUCACCCACUUCUGGACCGCCUACUCCGAGGUCCCCUCUGGCGGCAAGCUGCGCGAGUCCGCCCCCACCCAGCUCGAGCGCGUCAAGGCCUUCCUCCAGAGCAAGAAGGAUCCCGAGCUCAGCGCCCAGAACUCGCGGGCGAGGAAGACUGCUGCCAUCGUCAAGUUCGUCCAGGCCUCGAGCGCCGAGGACAAGGCUGCCGCUGCCGCUCUGCUCCUCGGUUCGGAGAAGGGCCAGGCCCUCAAGGCCGCCCUCAAGGGCGUUAACGACGCCGCCAAGAAGGAGCAGAUCGUCAAGCAGCACCUUCAGUGGGAUGAGGCCACCCAGGCCGCUGCCGAGCUCACUCAGAGGCACCCCGAGUUCACCGAGCUCAAGGAGGUCCUCGCUCACUUCCCUCCCCUCGUUCAUCACAUCGGCGAGCCUUCGGCCGUUCAGUACAGGUUCAAGCACGCCACCGACAAGGCCUACAAGAAGUGGCAGCAGAACUACUCGCUCACCAGCUCCGAUGAGGUCACCGAGAAGGACCCCCUGCUCAAGAACCUCAGGGAGCUCCUCUACUCGGGCAAGCCCGCCAACACCGUCGCCGACGCCAAGAAGGCCCAGGCCCUCCAGCGCAGCUUCCCGGGUCUGCUCUUCUCGCGCGACGUCGAGUCCUUCUCCAACUUUGUGAGGAAGGACGAGGAGGUCAAGAGCCAGCUGAGCACCAUCUACGAGGACAGCCUGAAGGAGUACCCCAACGACCCGGCCCUCGCCGUCCCCAAGGACCUCGACCAGAGGGUCAAGCUGUGGAGCAAGCACACCCAGGAGCUCGCCGACGUGCAGCAGCAGUGGCUCGACGCCAAGAUCGCCUUCAUCGACGCCAAGAUCCAGGAGGGAAUGGUCCAGAUGGACAAGUUCGUGAACGGCACCGUGGAUGACAUCCUCGCGGACCACCCCGAGUGGGAGAAGGAGAUUGAGGACGACAUCGCCAACCACCGCUGGGACCCCGAGAUGGAGAAGAAGGAGUACGACAACGCCCUCCACCACUACUACGAGCACCACACCGUCCACGCCUAA